UAGAGGCCGGGUAGCGUCGCCGUUACUCUAAGGAGAAAACAGUCGGUAGAGGGGUGCAAAAAUGCAGAGCAAUAAAACUUUUAACUUGGAGAAACAAAACCAUACUCCAAGGAAGCAUCAUCAGCAUCACCAUCAACAGCACCCCCAGCAGCAACAGCAGCCGCCACCACCUCCACCAAUACCUGCAAAUGGGCAGCAAGCCAGCAGCCAGCAUGAAGGCUUGACUAUUGACCUGAAGAAUUUUAGGAAACCAGGAGAGAAGACCUUCACCCAGUGUAGCCGGCUCUUUGUGGGCAAUCUUCCUUCUGACACCACUGAGGAGGAAAUGAGGAAACUAUUUGAGAAAUAUGGGAAGGCAGGCGAAGUCUUCAUUCAUAAGGACAAGGGCUUUGGCUUUAUCCGCUAG